ACGUUUUAUGCUUGGCAAACUCGUAACCAAAUUUGCUUCAGUAUUUUUUCUUGUUACUAGCCACCUGACUUGUUGGUCACGAAAUUGUGGUAUUUCAAAAAUUCACUGUGGAUAGCGUUAGAUUCUUUCUGGUGCCUAAAAAGUCAAAGUAUUCGCGUCGCACUACGCCAUUUAAGAGUUUGUUCGGCAACACUUUUCCACUGAAAGUUGAAUCCCAAACGGGCCCUUCAUCCAUCCCGUGUUCAAAUAGCAAAGCAAAUGAAAAUGAAGAUGCCUGACAAUAGCAUCGGUGGCAGCAGCUCCAACAGCUACAACCAUGUCAACAUUAACGCUGCACCCACGGCGUUGAGGAACAACGGUGGUGGAGGCGAUGGCGAUGGCGGAGGCCACGGGUCAGCUUACUACAGCGACCAUUAUGACUCUGACGCGGACAGUGUUGGCUCGCACUCGAACGAGGAAAGUUCUGGUCCGGUCGGCGAUGACUUUGCCGAAUACAUGUGGAUGGAAAACGAGGACGAGUUCGACGAACAGGAAUUGCAACGCCUUGAAGAGGAAGAGCUCAUGGACCAGUGCAUAGAGGCGAUGAUGUUAGACGAAAUGGCAGCGGCCGAGCGGAUGGCCGGCGCAGCGCUCAUGGGCAACGUUCCGCGGGAAAGCGGCCUGAUGAACAUUCUGUCUAGUCUACAGCACGACAAAGAACAACAACAGCUACUGGCCCUGCAGGCAAAGAACGUGGAGACCUCGACGUUGAACCCGCUGGCCGCCGAGUUUGUACCCUCGUUGCGUUCGCUAGUGGCACCGAUACCCUACUGAAGCCAUGCUACGUAAACACACAAAUCAUCUUAAAAGGUACGCAAAUACUCAACAAAAGAAGCAAACCAAGGGAGGGAAAAUGGGAAAUUUUUAAAACUCCGAGGUGUUUGUCUGAAGUCUCCAAAUCAGUACGUAUUUUUGCCUAAGAACUACACAAGACAGUCUUGCAGAUGUCCAAUGGAAAUAUGGUACAAGUUUCAAUUUACUUUUCCAUGAAAAGUAACGCAUUAUAUAGUUUUACCGUUCUUUCAGUCAAACACUUAACACAAAAUAAUGCCAGCUUUUCGAAAAUGUUCAAUAUACUUUGCUUUUGUACUUAAAACGUAUUUAACGGAAAAUGUCCGGACCACACCUUUAUGCUUCGAAUAUCGACCACUCUUAAUAGCACACCGCAUCGUAAAAUGUGCUAUAUGUCAACGAUUAGAUAUUUUUGCUCUCAUGACCAUCACUCGCAGAUCAUAUGGCGAUGGUUCAGUGAGAAGUUGCUGCGUUUGCCCCAGAGGUUUUAUUCAUGCUCCAGUUUAGAGGAUGAUCUAGAACUUUUCAGUACGUGCACUUCGAGGCGCAUUAUAUUUGCGGCCAAAUGGAAUUGCAUAUCACAAGCCGUUUUUGCUAAGUUUCAUAACAACCUACUGUCCUUGCUUUUUUUUUGAAGGAUACAUCCCGACAGAUUAAUGUGUAAAGUUCGCUAGUUGAGUAGUACAAGUUCCUUUUAAUGUUGUUGUUUCCCUCCGCCCCGCGCCUACGAUAAUGAAUGGUCUGCCGUACGAAUAUCUACAUUUGCGCUCCUUAUAUAGAAAUAUACACACGAUGUAGCGGCUACGUUUAACGAAUUUUCAAACCACGGGAAAUCUCGGCCCUUAUGCGCCGAUCGUCUCUUUCUAGAUUACUGUUAGUGAUUAGCCGUAAGCUGGGUCGAAAUGCCCGUCGAAAAACAAACACAAAAAAAUGUAUAAAACGUCAACAAAAAAGUCUGCUGUAUGUGUUAAUAUUAUGAUUGUGCGUGUCCAAGGCUGUGGUGUGCUGUAAGGCGACUGUUGAAUUGCCUAACACCAAGUGGUAGAACAUUUCUUUUCCUAGAGAAAGGAUGAUGCGUCAACUGUGAUACAACUAUCGUUGAUUCAUAUCCAUAGCGUUGAAUUAAGCCAGUAAGAUUUUUUGUAUUGCGUUUUUGUUCUUUGUCAUUUUUUAUCGAACUUGUUUUUGCCAUCUAUUGAAAAACAAGAUGUCCGUCGUGGUGUUGUUUGUGAACCGUAAAUCCCGGUUCAAGAUAUUUUCUAAAUGCGCACGAGCAUCGUCUAAUUUGGUUCGUGCCGCACGCUUCGAUCUCACUACCCUCGUGUAUGGUUGCGCCAAACUAUGAGAAAUGGAUGCUCCGUUUGCAUUUAUGAUCGAACGUACGGGAAAAUUUCAUUGCCCGUGUACAUGAUACUAGCCACCGGAAAUCGAAACCGAUUGGCAUAAAACUGUCCGUUAGAAAAUAAUGGUUUUGUUCCAAACAGCAACCUAGCCGUAGCGCCAUGACACAAGUAAUUCUAGUGCUGCCACAGCAAUGCGAAAAAAAGAAGUAUAUAAAAGUAGUGCAAAAAGUUAUCUAGAGCUAAUCCAUUUUUAAAUGUAAUAAAACCUAACUGUGUGAUCUAUAAAAUACGAAAAAAUGAACAAAACAAUUCAAAAAGAAAUAAAAGAGACUGAAGUCUU